AUGGAAACAUCCACUUUCAUGAGUGGAUUGCAUGUGCGCCUUACCUUGCGCUUGUUCACCUCACACGGAGCGGCGAAACGUGCGGUGGAGAUCAUGUACUUCGAGACGCCCGAUGUCGACCUUGAAUAUUGGACGCCGCGGGACACGAACAUCACUGCACUUUGCACCGCUAUCGGAAUCACCGGCGCCGACUAUGUGGCGAAAGUGCGGCUGGUCAUGGAGAACAAGAGAACGCUCCCGUCCCACCUUCGAAAACAGCAGCAGGAUGCACGCAACAAGGUCCACACGAUGGGCCGUGUGAUGCUGUACGAGCGCUUCAACAUCCGCAUUGCUCGGCCGGAUCGCGGGAGGGAAGUGGUCGGAACCCUCUCUCCAGCGGCCUUUUGUGCCGAACAUCACCCUGAUGCGAAUUCAUGGGGCUUGCUGAAGUGGCACUUCAAUGACGAUGGGCUGCCCUUCUCAACGGACUUCUUCACAUCUGCAGUGUUCCACUCUUUUCAGAGGCCGGGGCACUCCUUUGUGGUGCUUCGAUUCAAGCAACUUGCAUUUUUCCUGCUGGGGGUCGAAUACAAGUUGAUCAAUGGUGAAGAAAUGCCGCGGAGCCCGGUUGACAAUCGAAACGCAAUGACGAUUCAACAUUCGAAAGUCCACAAUGCCGUCGCGUUCGUCGUCCAGAAUAGGACCGCAGCUACGGGCCCGUGGUGGGAGGCUGAUAAGGCUGCUUGGAAAUUCCAUGCAACGACCGAGAGGGUGUUUAUCUCAUGCGCAGGGUUGCCAGGGUUGCAAGGUCCCUAA